CGUCACCCGGGAGCGCUGAGAAGCCGGGCUGUGGCGCCGUGGUGAAGGAGCCUUACAGACAGUAUGUCUCAUCUACCGAUGAAACUCCUGCGCAAGAAGAUCGAGAAGCGGAACCUCAAGCUGCGGCAGCGAAACCUAAAGCUCCAGGGGGCCUCCGACGUCAGGCUCUCAGAAACUCAAAAUGGAGAUGUGUCUGAAGAAACACUGGGAGGUGGAAAAGUUAAAAAAUCCCUAAAACAGUCUAAUAAUGUGGGCCUGCCAGAAGCCCAAAAUGGAGAUAUAUGUAAAGAAACAGUGGGAGGUGGGAAAAAAAAAUCACUAAAACAGUCUAUGAAUGUGAGUUCAUCAGAAGCCCAAAAUGGAGAUAUAUCUAAAGAAACAGUAGAAAAUGUAAAAGUUAAAAAAUCCCCCAAGAAAUCUACCGUAUUAACCAAUGGGGAAGCAGCAACACAGCCUCCUAAUUCAGAAUUAAAAAAGAAGAAGAAGAAGAAGAAGAGAAAAAUGGUGGAUGAUGCUGGGCCUGAUACCAAAAAAGCAAAAACUGAAGACAAAGGGGAAUCUGAAGAAGGCGCCCAGGCUCCUGAACAAACAGAAAACAGCGUGGAGAAGCCAGGUGAUGAGGAGGAUGACAGUGAAGUGCCCAGCCUGCCCCUGGGACUAACAGGAGCUUUUGAAGAUACUUCAUUUGCUUCUCUGACUAAUCUUGUCAAUGAAAACACUCUAAAGGCAAUAAAAGAAAUGGGCUUUACAAACAUGACUGAAAUUCAGCAUAAAAGUAUCAGACCACUUCUGGAAGGCAGGGAUCUUCUGGCUGCUGCAAAAACAGGCAGUGGCAAAACCCUGGCAUUUCUCAUCCCUGCAGUUGAACUCAUUGUUAAGUUAAAGUUCAUGCCCAGAAAUGGAACAGGAGUCCUUAUUCUCUCACCUACGAGGGAACUGGCCAUGCAGACUUUUGGUGUUCUCAAGGAGCUAAUGACACACCAUGUUCAUACAUAUGGAUUAAUAAUGGGGGGCAGUAACAGAUCUGCUGAAGCACAGAAACUUGCUAAUGGGAUCAACAUUAUUGUGGCCACACCAGGCCGUCUCCUGGACCAUAUGCAGAAUACCCCAGGGUUUAUGUAUAAAAACCUUCAAUGUCUGGUUAUUGAUGAGGCUGACCGUAUCUUGGAUGUUGGGUUUGAAGAGGAAUUAAAACAAAUUAUUAAACUUCUGCCAACACGCAGACAGACCAUGCUCUUUUCUGCCACACAAACCCGAAAAGUUGAAGACCUGGCAAGGAUUUCUCUGAAAAAGGAGCCGUUGUAUGUUGGUGUUGAUGAUGAUAAAACUAAUGCAACAGUGGAUGGUCUUGAGCAGGGAUAUGUUGUUUGUCCCUCUGAGAAGAGAUUCCUCCUACUCUUUACAUUCCUUAAGAAGAACCGAAAGAAAAAACUAAUGGUCUUCUUUUCAUCCUGUAUGUCUGUGAAAUACCACUACGAAUUGCUGAACUACAUCGAUUUGCCUGUCUUGGCCAUUCAUGGAAAGCAGAAGCAAAAUAAGCGCACUACCACGUUCUUCCAGUUCUGCAAUGCAGAUUCAGGGAUAUUGUUGUGUACAGAUGUGGCAGCUAGAGGGCUGGAUAUUCCUGAAGUUGACUGGAUUGUUCAGUAUGACCCUCCAGAUGACCCCAAGGAGUACAUUCAUCGUGUGGGUAGAACAGCCAGAGGCCUAAAUGGAAGAGGGCAUGCCUUGCUCAUUUUGCGCCCCGAAGAAUUGGGUUUCCUUCGUUACUUGAAGCAAUCCAAGGUUCCAUUAAGUGAAUUUGAGUUUUCCUGGUCCAAAAUUUCUGACAUUCAGUCUCAGCUUGAAAAAUUGAUUGAAAAGAACUACUUCCUUCAUAAGUCAGCCCAGGAAGCAUAUAAGUCAUACAUUCGAGCAUAUGAUUCCCACUCUCUGAAACAGAUCUUUAAUGUUAAUAACUUAAAUUUACCUCAAGUUGCUCUGUCAUUUGGUUUCAAGGUGCCUCCUUUUGUUGAUCUGAACGUGAACAGCAAUGAAGGCAAGCUUAGAAAGAGAGGAGGCGGUGGUGGAUUCGGCUACCAGAAAGCCAAGAAAGUCGAGAAGUCUAUAAUCUUCAAACACAUCAGCAAGAAAUCCUCCGACAGCAGGCAAUUCUCUCACUGAAGACACUCCUUUCAUCGUGAAUAGCUUUGUCCUGAAAUGGAUUUUUUCUCUUUGCUCUAACAAAGGAAUGUUUGUAACUGUAGGAUCUGGUGGCCUGCUCUGACGAGGGUAUAAGUGAACUUGGGUUGCAAGCACUAAGACUCUUAUUCCCAGCGAGUCAGUCUUAUUUCAGGAAUAUAAAACAGUCCAGUUUUUCUUGAUUGCCCAAGGGCAAAGCAAGGGAUCUUUUUGGUCUUUGUUAUGAUGAUAGAACAUUUUAAGUUUAAAUCUUUUUCCCCCCAAAUUUGUCAUUGUUUUAGUAUAAUUCUUUUUGUGCCUUUCCUUCCUGGAGUCUGGAGAUCUUUGCGGCACGGAUUGCUGUGCAGCCUGCUGUAGAAGGCAGGUGACCGAGUCCACCACGCAGGUGGUGGUGCUGGUGGCAGUGCAGAAAGUUGUCUCGGUUUAUGUUUUGGUUUUGGUUGUUUCUUGGAUCUUAACAGUAGUUCUUGACCCCUGCUGAAAAUGCUGCCAUGUCACGGGGCAGACAGCUUUGGGAGAUAGCUAAGAUGCACGUUCGGUUAAAGGCGGCAUCAGUUUUUAUAUACUAGAUUUUUUAUGCCAGAUUUUAAAACAGUGAGCAUUUCUUGGUUUUGUUUUUUUCAAGAUCAAGAAAUGUGGGUUAUCUGUCAUUGUUAUUUGGAUAAAGCACCCCUAGCAAUCCUAACAUUUGAGUGGGGGGCAAGAAUCAGAUUUUUGAGCCUCAUUUACACCAAUAUAGGCAUAAUAAUCUGUUUUCCAUUUGGUAACUUGGUAAAGACUUUAAAAAAAGAAUAGGCACAGAGAGUGGUGACACUCCUCAUUCAGCCUUGGUUCAAGUGGUUUAGAUUUGGGUGAGCCCUCCCAACUCUGCAGAGUACUUCGAAGGCAAGGCCGACUCGUAGCAGAUUUAAAGCCAGGCCAUCCAACAGUGCCGAGCGCACAUAAAGUUCGUAUCUUUUUGAGAAAAAUUACCUCUUCCAGAUCCAUGAAACAAAAAUAGAUGUAUAGUGAAAAUCGGAAAUGAACCGAGGUCAGAAAGAGCAGCACAGAGAGUGGUUUAGUCAGAUGGGGAUUUUUGUUAUAGGAGCUGUUGAUUUCUAGUGUGUUUUACAUUUUAUGCUUUCUAGUGUAUUUUAUAACUACAAAGUGGUAUUACAUUUUGUAGCAAUUCAAAACCAAAGUGCUAGCAUCGUUUUGCUAUUGUGCCAGUUAAUAUUUAUAGACUCCUAAGUACACCGAGAACAUCAAGUUAGAGGAAACAGUCUAAUAAAUAGCAUUUCAGUAGGAAAAGGAACGAUGUUCUGCACGUGGGCACGAGCACUGUCACCCUAGCUGGGCCUGUCCUGGGUUUCAGACCUCAACUGCUGGACUCCUCGUGAUUAAUUACUGUUUCUCUAUCCAGUAACUUGUUUUUCUCUUGUUUUAGAAAUAAUCGUGUUUCAAAAAAUAUACAAAAGCAAAAGGAAGAAUAUUUAAUUACUGAACAGAAAUAAAUAAUGUUGAUAUUUUGGUAUAUAACCUUCCAGUGUUUUGUAUACAUACUUUUUAAUUUUUUUAUUAAGUGAAGUCAUCCUCUACCCACUAUUUGUAACCAGCUUGUUGCAUAACAUGUCACUUGCCCGUGUCAUUAAAAAAUUACAUGAGUUUUGUAUUUCA